GAGGUAAUUGCCAGCAGAGGAUACAAUGGGGACAUGUUCAAAAGAGACUGUGAUAUUCAGUCUCGUGCAUGUUGCAAUCAAGAAAAAGUCAAGAGAUUUUUUUCACCGGACCUAUAGCAUUAUUCAUAAUGAAGAGAAUUUGUGAGGACGUGACUGUGCGUAAUAGGCCAACAAGGAAGUUUAAGAACAUCCCCUGUAUCUAUGGUCACCUUAUUGGACUGAACACGCAACAUACCUGCACAAUGCUACUGUCAGAGAGAAGAUCAUACCAAAUUAUGCAUUCAUGGAGGAAACUGAGGAACACCCAAAAAGUGAGAUCCUAUUUAGCCACAAAGACUACUUUGCUACAACAGAACAAUUCGCUACACUUAGCGGGGGUGAAGUAGAAAACAUAUUCUUGGACAUAUGGUCAUGGAGUGGGAUCCUAUUUAGCCACAAAGUUAUCCUUCAACUGAAGCAAUAUAGUAUUUCCUGUCUCUCAGCCAAGCUAGUGUGGAAUCAUUUUGCCCUCUCUUGAUAAAAUCUGUGGACAACAUUGGAGGUGCAUAUCCAUAUAGAGCUUGGAAAGGUGAGAUUUUUAGUCUUGUAUGAAAGUUGGUAUUGUACCAAAAUUCUGCAAAAGCCAGUAACCA